AUGCAGGUGAAUGCGUUCAGGGAGAGGAGAGCCCUUGCUUUGACAUUGAAUGACACCAAAACGGCAGUGAACACAAUUUUCCCUUCUCAAGAAUCCCUCGUUACAAAUUUGGUCCUUAGAAGGGAUCAGUUAGAGGCGUUUGAGAUUGCAAAGAGGAGUAAUACAAUAGCAAUAACGGAUACAGGUUCAGGAAAAACACUGAUAGCUAUAAUGCUUAUUAAAGAAAUUGGUCAAGCUGUUAGGUCUAGUGGUGUCAAAAAAAUUAUUGUUUUCUUGGCUCCAACUGUUGUUUUGGUCAAUCAACAAUACAAGAAUAUAAAACAUAACACAAAUAUUCAAGUUGAGGAGUACCAUGGGGCUAAAGGAGUUGAUACAUGGAAAUUCGAGAGCUGGCAGAAGGAAGUUAGAGAUAAUGGUGCAAUGGUUAUGACACCCCAGACUCUUUUGGAUGCCUUAAGAAAAGCAUUCCCGAGUAUAGAAAUGAUAUGCUUGAUGGUUCUUGAUAUUGGAAAUUGCCACCACCAAAUUUCUUCUUUUUGUGAGCUCGCAACUUGUCUUGGUUGCAUUUAUAUUCGGUAA